AUGGCUAAAUUAUCUGUUCCAAUUUCCCCACCUAUGGAGUCAACGGGUGAUAGGUUGAUGACCUUAGAAACUCAGGAUGGUGUUGCCUUGCAAGGUUACUCCUUCGGAGCUGAGGUCCCAGCUGCUGGUGAAGUGGUUUUCCAAACCGGUAUGGUUGGUUACCCUGAAUCCAUUACCGAUCCUUCUUAUGAAGGUCAAAUUUUGGUCAUCACCUACCCAUUAGUUGGUAAUUACGGUGUACCAGACAGAAAGUUGUUAGAUGACGAUUACACCCCAGCUUUGCCAAAAUACUUUGAGUCAAAUAGAAUUCACAUUGCUGGUUUAGUCGUUGCUCAUUACACAGAGGAGUAUUCCCACUUUUUGGCAAAAUCGUCUUUGGGCCAAUGGUUGAAGGAGCAAAACAUUCCAGCUAUUUAUGGUGUUGAUACUAGAUCCUUGACCAAAAGAUUGAGAGAAGAAGGGUCAACUUUGGGUAGAUUUGCCUUGCAAAAGCCAGGAACCAAGUCAGAAGAAGUUAUUGCUGACAAGUCAGGCAACUGGAAACAAUACUUUGAAGUUCCUGAAUUUGAUGACCCAAAUGUCAAGAAUUUGGUUGACAAAGUCUCGAUUAAGGAACCAGUUUUGUAUGCUCCAAAGGACAACAUAAAAUUGGGAAAAGAUGGUAAGCCAAUUAGAAUUGUCGUUAUAGACGUUGGUAUGAAAUAUAACCAAAUUAGAUGUUUUGUUAGAAGAGGUGUCGAAUUAUUGGUUGUUCCUUGGGAUUACGAUUUUACCAAAGAAAAAUACGAUGGUUUGUUCAUCUCAAACGGUCCUGGUGAUCCAGCUGUUAUGGAUGAAACUGUGGCAAGAUUGCAAAAGGCUUUGAAAGAAGCAAAGACCCCCAUUUUUGGUAUCUGUCUCGGUCAUCAAUUAAUGGCAAGGGCCAGCGGUGCUUCAACUUUGAAAUUGAAAUUCGGUAACCGUGGUCACAACAUUCCAUGUACUUCGACUAUUUCUGGAAGAUGUUAUAUAACAUCUCAAAACCAUGGUUACGCUGUUGAUACCAAUACCUUGACCGGGGGAUGGAAAGAAUUAUUUGUCAAUGCCAAUGACGGAUCAAAUGAAGGUAUUUACCAUGAAACCAAACCAUUCUUUUCGGUUCAAUUUCACCCAGAAUCAACACCCGGUCCUAGAGAUACCGAAUUUUUGUUUGAUGUCUUCAUUAAUGCCGUUAUUGAUUACAACAAGACUGGCGUUUACAAGCAAGUUGAAUUCCCAGGUGGUAAAUUGGAAGACAACUUGGCCGCACACCCAAGGGUUGACGUCAAGAAAGUUUUGGUGUUGGGUUCUGGUGGUUUAUCUAUUGGUCAAGCAGGUGAAUUUGACUAUUCCGGAUCUCAAGCUAUUAAGGCUUUGAAAGAAGAGGGUAUUUACACUAUCUUGAUUAAUCCAAACAUUGCCACCAUCCAAACUUCGAAAGGUUUGGCCGAUAAGGUGUACUUUCUCCCAGUUAACCCUGAGUUUGUUAGAAAAGUUAUCGAACACGAACGCCCAGAUGGUAUCUACUGUACAUUCGGUGGUCAAACUGCUUUGAGUGUCGGUAUUUCAUUGAAGGAUGAAUUUGAAGGUUUGGGAGUCAAAGUUUUGGGUACUCCAAUUGAUACCGUCAUCACCACUGAGGACAGAGAGUUAUUUGCCAGUGCCAUGUCCGAAAUCGGUGAAAAGUGUGCCAGAUCCGAAGCUUGUAACAAUGUCCAAGAAUCAAUUGAUGCCGCCAAUGCCAUUGGCUACCCAUUGAUUGUUAGAGCUGCUUUUGCCUUGGGUGGAUUAGGUUCAGGUUUUGCUGAUAAUGAAGAAGAAUUGGUUGCCUUGUGUAACAAAGCUUUUGCAACAUCGCCACAAGUCUUGGUUGAAAGAUCAAUGAAAGGUUGGAAAGAAGUUGAAUAUGAAGUCGUUCGUGAUGCCUUCGACAAUUGUAUUACAGUUUGUAAUAUGGAAAACUUUGAUCCAUUGGGAAUCCACACUGGUGAUUCUAUUGUUGUUGCCCCAUCUCAAACUUUAUCCGACGAAGAUUACAAUAUGUUGAGAACUACUGCAGUUAAUGUCAUUAGACAUUUGGGAGUUGUUGGUGAAUGUAACAUCCAGUACGCUUUGAACCCAUUCUCAAAAGAAUACUGUAUCAUUGAAGUCAACGCUAGAUUGUCACGUUCUUCAGCUUUGGCGUCAAAAGCCACUGGUUAUCCAUUGGCCUAUACUGCUGCUAAAUUGGGAUUGAACAUUCCAUUGAAUGAAGUUCAAAACAAUGUGACUAGAUCCACCUGUGCUUGUUUCGAGCCUUCUUUGGAUUAUGUUGUUGUGAAAAUUCCAAGAUGGGAUUUGAAGAAAUUUACCCGUGUUUCAUCAUUAUUGUCAUCUGCUAUGAAGUCUGUUGGUGAAGUCAUGUCCAUCGGUAGAACAUUUGAAGAAGCUAUUCAAAAGGCUAUCAGAUCUACCGAUUACCAUAAUUUAGGUUUCAACAAGACUGCUGCGUUAAUGUCGAUCGAUAUUGACCAAGAGUUGCAAACCCCAUCAGAUCAACGUUUGUUUGCUAUUGCCAAUGCUUUGACUGACGGUUACUCUGUUGAGAAGGUUUGGAAAUUGACCAACAUUGACAAAUGGUUCUUGAACAAGUUGGAUGGAUUGAUCAAAUUUGGAAACAAAAUUGCUAGCUAUGGUAAGAAAGAAAACUUGCCAGUAGCAAUUAUCAGACAGGCUAAACAAUUGGGUUUUGAAGAUAGACAAAUUGCCAAAUUCGUCGACAGUAAUGAAGUCGCUAUUAGAAGAUUGAGAAAAGACGCUGGUGUCAUUCCAUUUGUCAAGCAAAUCGAUACAGUUGCUGCUGAAUUCCCAGCAUUCACCAACUAUUUGUACGUCACUUACAAUGCUGACUCCUCGGAUGUUGCCUUCGAUGAUAAUGGUGUCAUUGUGUUGGGUUCCGGUGUCUAUAGAAUUGGAUCUUCGGUCGAAUUCGAUUGGUGUGCUGUUAGAGCCAUUAGAACCUUGCGUGAAAGCAAGAUCAAGACGGUUAUGAUCAACUAUAACCCUGAAACUGUGUCAACUGAUUACGAUGAAGCUGAUAGAUUGUACUUUGAAACCAUCAACUUGGAAAGAGUGUUGGAUAUCUACGACUUGGAACAAUCUGCUGGUGUUAUUAUUUCCAUGGGUGGUCAAACAUCAAACAAUAUUGCAUUGCCAUUGUACAGACAAAAUGUCAAGAUUUUGGGUACUUCACCAGAAAUGAUUGAUUCGGCUGAAAACAGAUACAAAUUCUCAAGAAUGUUGGACAAGAUUGGCGUUGACCAACCAGCAUGGAAGGAAUUGACCUCCAUUGAAGAAGCAGAGGACUUUGCCAAGAAGGUUGGAUAUCCAGUCUUGGUUCGUCCAUCCUAUGUCUUGUCAGGUGCAGCCAUGAAUACCGUCUACUCCAAGGAUGAUUUAGCAUCAUACUUGACUCAAGCCGUUGAUGUUUCUCCAGACUACCCCGUGGUUAUCACCAAAUAUAUUGAAAAUGCCAAGGAAAUUGAAAUGGAUGCCGUUGCCAAGGAUGGUAAGAUGAUCAUGCAUGUCGUUUCUGAGCAUGUUGAAAAUGCUGGUGUCCACUCUGGUGAUGCUACCUUGAUUGUACCACCACAAGAUUUGGAUCCUGAAACUGUUAGAAGAAUCGUUGAGGCAACUGCCAAGAUCGGUAAAGCUUUGGAUAUUACUGGCCCUUACAACAUUCAAUUCAUUGCUAAAGACAAUGACAUCAAGGUUAUUGAAUGUAACGUUAGAGCAUCUAGAUCGUGUCCAUUCGUUUCUAAGGUUGUUGGUGUCGACUUGGUUGAGAUGGCUACCAAAGCUAUUAUGGACUUGCCAGUCACGCCAUACCCAGGUGAAAGAUUGCCAGAUGAUUAUUGUGCUGUCAAGGUGCCUCAAUUUUCGUUCUCAAGGUUGGCUGGUGCUGACCCAGUUCUUGGUGUUGAAAUGGCCUCUACUGGUGAAGUUGCCACUUUUGGUAGAAGCAAGUACGAGGCUUACUUGAAAUCGUUGUUGUCUACCGGUUUCAAAUUGCCAAAGAAGAACAUCUUGUUUUCUAUUGGUUCAUACAAGGAGAAACAAGAGUUGUUGCCAAGUAUUGCCAAGUUGAGCGAAUUAGGAUACAAGAUCUUUGCCACCGCUGGUACUGCUGAUUUUAUCAAGGAGCACGGUAUCAAGGUGCAUUACUUGGAAGUUUUGAGUAAGGAAGAGGACCAAAAAUCGGAAUACUCAUUAACCCAACAUUUGGCCAACAACUUGAUUGACUUGUAUGUCAAUUUGCCAUCAGCAAACAGGUUCCGUCGUCCAGCAUCAUACAUGUCAAAGGGUUAUGAAUCUCGUCGUAUGGCUGUUGAUUUUGCUAUUCCAUUGGUUACAAAUGUCAAGAAUGCUAAAUUGUUGGUUGAAGCAAUUGCCAGAAACAUUUCCAUGGACGUUUCCAACAGAGAUGCUCAAACUUCACAUGGUACUGCCACCUUGCCAGGUCUUAUCAAUGUUUCUUCAUUUGUCACUUCAUUCAAUGACUUUGAGCAGACUACUAAGCAAUCAUUGGCUGCUGGUUUCACUUUCAAUGCCUUUUUGCCACACACUCAAGCUGGUGCCGCUGUCACUGAUUAUAGAACUUUAGUUGAAGCCAUUGACCAAGCUGGUGCCGAUGCCUACACUGACUUUUCAUUUGCAAUUGCUGCAUCUGAAACUAAUUCUCAAAGUGUAACCGAUGCUGCCGAUAACGCUGGUGCUUUGUUUAUUCCAUUCAAUGACAUUGAUGGUUCAAAGGUUUCAGCGGUCAAUGCUCAGUUCACUGCAUGGCCACAAUCCAAAACAAUUGUCACUGAUGCCAAGGCUACAGACUUGGCAUCUGUUCUUUUGUUGGCCUCAUUAUACAACAGGUCGAUCCAUAUUACUGGUAUUUCUUCUAAGGAAGAUUUGGACUUGAUCUUGAUGGCCAAGAAUAAAGGUUUGUCGGUCACAUGUGACGUUGCUGUUUUCACCUUGUUCAUUUCAAGAGACGAUUUAGACUAUCCAUUUUUGCCAACAAAGAAGGACCAAGAGUACUUGUGGCAAAACUUGAAAGAUGUGGACUGUUUCUCAACUGGUGUCUUGCCUUAUUUGAUUGCUAAGGCAACUAAUCAAAAGAUUGUUCCUGGUUUGGGAAUUAGUGAAACCAUCCCAUUGUUGCUAUCUGCAGUCAAUGAGGGUAAGCUUACCGUUGGUGACAUUGUUGAAAAAUUCCAUGACAAACCAGCUAAAAUCUUCAACAUUCCAAAACAAGAUGCUCAAGUCAUCCUUGACUUGGAUAGGUAUUCUGAAGCUGAACCAGCUUAUCCUGAAUUUUCGAAAUUGAAAUUGAGAGGUGCUAUUGAGAGAGUAUCCUUCCAUAAUGAAACCGUUGUGCUCGAUGGCGCUGUUUUAGCUGAUUCUGCUUUGGGCAAGAAUGAAGUUGGAUCAAGAUCAAGGUUCAAUUCAGUUACUUCGGUGCCACAGUCGCCUGUCUUGGGCCAAAAGAGAGUUUCAUUCUCAGGAUUGCGUCGUCCAUCUUUCGCUCCAAGCACACCAGAGCCACAACCGGCAGAAUUUGAAAAAUUGGGUUCAGAUUUGGUUUCACAACCAAUAGCUGGCUCUUUGGGUGAGGUCGCUGCCUUGAGUGACUACAUCAGAAAGAACAACACUUUUUUGAGAAACAAUAUCUUAUCAGUCAAGGAUAUCACUAGAUCCGAUUUGCAUUCAUUAUUCACUGUUGCUCAGGAAAUGAGAUUGGCUGUUGAAAGACAAGGAGUAUUGGAUAUCUUGAAAGGUAGAGUUUUGGCAACCAUGUUUUAUGAACCAUCUACUAGAACUUCAGCUUCAUUCGAUGCAGCUAUGCAAAGGUUGGGUGGUAGAGUUGUUGCCAUCAACUCAAAUGCAUCUUCUGUCAAGAAGGGUGAAACUUUACAAGAUACCAUCAGAACCUUAUCCUGUUACUCUGAUGCAAUUGUCUUGAGACAUCCAAAAGAAGAAAGUGCUGAUAUUGCUGCCAAGUAUUCGCCAGUUCCUAUAAUUAAUGCUGGUAAUGGAUCAAGAGAACAUCCAACCCAAGCUUUGUUAGACUUGUUCACAAUUAGAGAAGAAUUGGGUACCGUCAACGGUAUUACUGUCACUUUUAUGGGUGACUUGAAGUAUGGUAGACCAGUCCAUUCAUUAGUUCACUUGUUGCGUCACUACCAUGUUAGAGUUCAAUUGGUUGCACCAAAAGAAUUGGCAAUUCCAAAGGGAAUUAGAGAUUUGUUGGUUGAGCACAACAUGUUGGUUGCCGAAUCGGAAGUAUUGACUGAUGAUCUUAUUGCUAGAUCUGAUGUCUUGUACUGUACCAGAGUACAAGAAGAAAGAUUUGAAGAUAAACAACAAUACGAAAGAUUGAAGGAUACAUACAUUGUUGAUAACAAGAUCUUGAGUAAUGCCAAACAACACAUGUGUGUCAUGCACCCAUUACCAAGAACUAAUGAAAUUAGAGAAGAAGUUGAUUUCGAUCAAAGAGCUGCAUACUUUAGACAAAUGAGACAUGGUUUGUUUAUCAGAAUGGCAUUGUUGGCCAUGGUUAUUGGUGUUGAUUUUUAG